AUGGGGAACAGCAAGAGCGGGGCUCUGUCCAAGGAGAUCCUGGAGGAGUUGCAGCUCAACACCAAGUUUACGGAGGAGGAGCUGUGUGCCUGGUACCAGUCCUUCCUGAAGGAGUGCCCCAGCGGCCGCAUCACGCGGCAGGAGUUCGAAAGCAUCUACUCCAAGUUCUUCCCGGACUCAGACCCUAAGGCCUACGCGCAGCACGUGUUCCGCAGCUUCGAUGCCAACAGCGAUGGUACCCUGGACUUCAAGGAGUACGUGAUCGCGCUGCACAUGACCACGGCGGGCAAGCCCACACAGAAGCUCGAGUGGGCCUUCUCGCUCUACGACGUGGAUGGCAACGGGGCCAUUAGCAAGAAUGAGGUGUUGGAGAUCGUCAUGGCUAUUUUCAAAAUGAUCAAGCCUGAGGAUGUGAAACACCUUCCAGAUGAUGAAAACACCCCAGAAAAGCGGGCUGAGAAGAUUUGGGCAUUCUUUGGAAAGAAAGAGGAUGAUAAACUCACCGAGGAGGAAUUCAUCGAGGGGACCCUGGCCAAUAAGGAAAUCCUACGACUGAUCCAGUUUGAACCUCAAAAAGUGAAGGAGAGGAUAAAGGAAAAGAAUCAGUGAUGGGAACUGCCCACCUCCUCCCCCACCCCUCACAUAAACACCCGCAGUGUGAGCAUGCUCAUAUGUCAGCAUGCUUGCGUGCACACACGAGUGGGCACACACACACACAAACACACACACACACACACACACACACACACACACACACACACACUGGGCCUGGAGAGAUGGGGAACCAAACCUCUCCUUGCCAACUAAAGGUCCUUAGCAGGACACGGUUUCUGCUUCCUUUUGUCUUCGGUGACCGUCCCUUCCCACCCUACCUGUCUCCUUCUCCUGCCCA